AUGAAUCCACUUUCCAUCUUCCCACAAAUGGUCAACAAUAACAACAAGCUGGCUUCUGCAGUUCUGGAUCAAAAACUGACUCAACCUGAGUAUAAGACUCCCAAAGUGGAAAACGCAGAUUCGCUUGAUAAUGGCGUAUCCUCAUCAGGUUCCGCUGAAGACGUCCGUAACAAGCCUACCAAUGGGCGAACGCUAUCAAAUUUUGUUCUGUCCAUGCGACCACAAACUUCUAGACCUGGAGAGUCUGUGCAGCCUAGGUAUUUGAAAGCAAUCCCAGCUUGUACAGUACUCGACGACGAACAAGUGAAGGACACUGUUUUCGAUGCAGCGCCAGCAACGUUAACGUCUGAGGUUGUUGAGUACGUCCACGAUCAAGUCCGAGAAGAUAACUCUCUGCUUAAUGAAGAUCAACAUCAAAAAGUGGCAGAGCUGUUGAAGCAAGUCAACCUUAAGAAGUUCGAGAUCGAGUUUUCUAUACACAGGACUGAUAAAAUAGAUUCUGCAGACAUCGAACGAAUCCGAAAGUUCACUGCUGCUCAUCCGAACAAUCAGUGGACAGAAGCUGAACAAUUCAUAAUUGAUUUGGCUAAUAUCGAACGGGCUGAAGAGAAGUUAACAGCGAUGGUGCACACGGCAAGAUUCGACGAUGCCAUCAACACUAUUAAUGAGCACUUGGACGCUUACUCGAAUGCUGCAAAACUCGUCCAAGAUUCGGAACAGUUGCGAUUGAUCGUACAAACAAUCCUUGCCCUACUCAAUCAUCUGAACGGCUCAACUAUGUCCGAAAAAGUGGUCGGCGGAUUUUGCACAAGCCAACUGGCGGAGAUAUGUUCGUCACCUAUCGCUGGCGAAUCUUCGCUUCUACAAACAGUUGCAACGUUCAUUCGCGAUCGAGCACCGCAUGCGACUGAUGUGACUGAGUUGGUAGAACCGUUGAAAAAAGCUGCUGAAGUUCCCUUCUUGUCCAUUUACGGCUCACUGCUACAACAAGAUGAAGGGAAUCAACGUGUCCAGCUGGAGCUUGAGCAACUAGACUUCGAACAUCCAGUGCUUGCAGUCCGUCUCAGUGAGAUGCGUCGUCGCGUCGAAGAGACCGCUGAAAAACUUGUUCGCGUUAAGGAUCAGUUGCUUUUGAUGCUCUCGUAUAUGGGUGAAGCUCUACCUCGCACAGAAUCGGAAUUCCGUCCAGAAGACUACCUUUCAAAACUCUGUGAUUUUCUCACCUCACUCCACCUUCACAACGAGUUGGAUGUUGAGGUGGAGAAUUAG